AUGAAUUGGAAUAAAGGUGGACCUGGUACUAAGAGAGGCUUUGGUUUUGGUGGAUUUGCCAUAACACCUGGAAAGAAAGAGGAGCCUAAGCUCUCUCAACAGUCUCAUAGUGCUUUUGGAACAGCUGGUUCUUCUGCUGCAUUUGCGAAAUCAGGACCUCCUCAGCUGCCUUCUUUCUACAAAAUUGGGUCAAAACGAGCAAAUUUUGAUGAAGAAAAUGCGUACUUUGAGGAUGAAGAGGAAGAUUCCAGCAAUGUCGAAUUGCCAUACAUUCCCGCAGAGAAUUCCCCCACUCGCCAGCAGUUUCAUUCCAAAUCAGCAGACUCUGACAGCGAUGAUGAUCCUCUGGAGGCAUUCAUGGCUGAAGUGGAGGAUCAAGCUGCUCGAGACAUGAAGAGACUUGAAGAUAAAGACAAAGAAAAAAAGAAUGUUAAGGGUAUUCGAGAUGACAUUGAAGAGGAAGAUGACCAAGAAGCUUAUUUUCGCUACAUGGCUGAAAACCCCACUGCUGGUGUGGUCCAAGAAGAGGAAGAAGAUAACCUGGAGUAUGAUAGUGAUGGGAAUCCAAUUGCACCAUCCAAAAAAAUCAUUGAUCCUCUUCCACCUAUUGACCAUUCAGAGAUUGAAUAUCCACCAUUUGAGAAAAAUUUCUAUGAUGAGCAUGAGGAGAUCACCAGUCUCACCCCACAGCAAGUGGUGGAGUUACGUCAUAAGCUAAAUCUCCGGGUCUCCGGUGCUGCUCCUCCAAGGCCUGGCAGUAGUUUUGCUCAUUUUGGGUUUGAUGAGCAACUUAUGCAUCAAAUUAGGAAAUCCGAGUAUACCCAGCCCACUCCUAUACAAUGUCAGGGUGUUCCAGUUGCACUAAGUGGCAGAGAUAUGAUUGGGAUAGCUAAGACGGGAAGCGGAAAAACAGCAGCCUUCAUCUGGCCGAUGUUGAUUCACAUCAUGGAUCAAAAGGAGCUUGAACCAGGGGAUGGUCCCAUUGCAGUGAUCGUAUGCCCAACCAGAGAGCUUUGCCAACAGAUCCAUUCUGAAUGUAAGCGCUUUGGUAAGGCAUAUAAUCUGCGCUCUGUAGCUGUGUAUGGAGGAGGAAGCAUGUGGGAGCAAGCCAAAGCCCUCCAGGAGGGGGCAGAGAUAGUUGUCUGCACACCAGGUCGUUUGAUUGAUCAUGUGAAAAAGAAAGCUACAAACCUUCAAAGAGUCACUUACCUUGUGUUUGAUGAAGCUGACAGAAUGUUUGAUAUGGGUUUUGAAUAUCAGGUUAGAUCAAUUGCAAGCCAUGUACGUCCAGACAGACAGACCCUCUUGUUCAGUGCCACGUUCCGUAAGAAGAUUGAGAAAUUGGCCCGAGAUAUUCUGAUCGACCCAAUUCGAGUUGUGCAGGGAGACAUUGGAGAGGCAAAUGAAGACGUUACUCAAAUUGUGGAGAUUUUCCCCUCUGGCCCUAGCAAAUGGAACUGGCUGACUCGACGCCUUGUGGAGUUCACAUCUUCUGGGAGUGUUCUCCUGUUUGUCACCAAGAAGGCAAAUGCAGAAGAGCUGGCCAAUAACCUUAAGCAGGAGGAUCAUAAUCUGGGACUGCUUCAUGGUGACAUGGACCAGAGUGAGAGGAAUAAAGUCAUUUCAGAAUUUAAGAAAAAGGGGAUCCCGAUCCUAGUAGCUACUGAUGUGGCAGCUCGUGGGUUAGAUAUUCCUUCCAUUAAGACUGUCAUCAAUUAUGAUGUGGCUCGAGACAUAGAUACGCACACCCAUAGAAUUGGUCGUACUGGCAGAGCAGGCGAGAAGGGAGUUGCCUACACUCUGCUGACUCCCAAAGACAGUAACUUCGCUGGUGAUCUUGUCAGAAAUCUGGAAGGCGCUAAUCAACAUGUUUCCAAAGAGCUGUUGGAUCUAGCAAUGCAGAAUCCAUGGUUCCGGAAAUCACGUUUCAAAGGAGGAAAAGGCAAGAAGCUGAAUAUUGGUGGUGGUGGCUUAGGAUACCGUGAACGUCCUGGUCUGGGAUCAGAAAAUUCUGACCGUGGAAACAACAACAGUGUGAUGAGUAACUAUGAGGCAUACAAGCCAUCCACUGGGGCAAUGGGAGACAGACUUACGGCAAUGAAAGCAGCUUUUCAGUCCCAGUACAAGAGCCACUUUGUUGCUGCAAGCUUAAAUAAUCAAAAGACUGGUAGCUCUGCUGCUGGUGCCAGUGGCUGGACCAGCGCUGGGAGCUUGAACUCAGUACCAACAAGUUCAGCACAGCAAAAUGCUGCAAAUCCUGACAGCCCAAUUGCAGCCGCCGCAGCAGCAAAGGGUGUUCCAGGCUUCACCAGCACAGGGAAUUUGAGUAGCGUUCCCACCUUUCCAAGUGUCGGAGUACAGGGCUUCAACAACACAAAUGCCAGCACCAACAGUCGAGAAGGCAGCAGCAGCACUAGCGUUGCCGCUACUGGCAGCGGCGGCGGUGGUGAACGGUACGACAACCGGAACAGUCGCCACAAUGAGGUCCCACGCCGUGGAGAGGGUGGUGGUCGAUACAAUGAUGUGCAACGCCAUGGAGAAGGAGGCGGUCGCCACAGUGACGCUUACCGCCACGGAGAAGGCCGACAUGGCGACAACCAUCGCCAUGGUGAAAACCGGCACUUCGCUGAUGUGGGCAGUGGCAAUCGCAACAACGGUGAUAGCAGGAAUAGCAAUGAAGGUAGGAACAACGAGAACAGGAAUGGUGAGAACAGGAAGGAUGCCAACAACCGAGACAACAAGACAGAUGGUUUUGCUGUCCCAGAGCCCCCAAAACGUAAGAAGAGCCGGUGGGACAGUUAAAAGCUGGUGUUUCACAGCCUGGAAUCUCUGCAGGUAGUGUUGUCUUUUUCCAGAGGAUUUCUUGGGGUUUUUGGUAACUGGUUGUUGAGCACCUGGGGGAGGAGAAGGAAACCAUGCAAACUCCCCAUGCAAGUCUGGGCUGGUACAUCUGCGGACAGAUUUACUCUAAUAAUAUGUACACACAAUGCUUAGUCAAAGAGAAAUCAUUUUGAUAAAGCUCCCUGGGCUCUGCUUUUAAACAUUCAGUGCUCAAGUGACUCUCUGCUGGAUUUAAAUGAUCUUCUUGACAAGAAAGAAGCUGUUUCACAUCCUUGGAACAUUAAGAAACUUGUCCAUAGAAGUAUAAAGUAGUCUUUUCUUAACCAGCGUUCACAUUUAAAAAAGCAGUCAAUCUAGAGAUGCUCAGGACCCACCAGUUAAACAUCAGUCUUUCAGCAAUUUGUUCAGUAUGGCAAGUUCUUCCCCAAUCUCUUCACAUAUUCUCUUAUCCCCAAAUGAUUUGGCCUCCAGGUUGCCCCUUACAUCUCUCCCCAUCAACUAGGAUUGUAUCAGUUUGCAUUGCUGAAGGUGGGGUGAAGCAAGU